AUGACUGGUAGUGGUGGUGACUGUGGCACGGAGAUCAAUAUUCAAGAGCAUGGAAUUGCUCUUGAUGAGAAAAAAAGAAAGGUGAAAUGCAACUAUUGCGGCAAAGUGGUGAGUGGGUUCUAUCGUCUCAAGUGUCACUUGGGUAGUUUACGUGGUGAUGUUUUGCCUUGUGAGGAAGUCCCCCCAAGCGUCAAGGAACCUUUGAGAGCCAAAUUACUUGAAACCAAAAGGAAAAAUCUUGUCAAACAAGUUGAUCAAAUUUUACACCCACAACUUCCUUUAAAGAGGAAUUGGACUUGCCCCAAGACAGAUGAUCCUGAAGAGUUAGUUGAUCAGGAAGAGCAAAAUUCACAUCCUAGGAGAGAAUCAAAACCUAAAAGCAAAACAGCCCAAGUUAACAAAAAGAACGCUCAAGUUGUGGCUCCAUUACGGAAGCCAAAGGAACCCCAAAGGUACUGCAAUGUCAAUACUUCAAAUGCUAAACUUAGAGAGGAAGUGAGACGGAUGGGGAAGUAUGUGAAGAGGGUUAGAGAUUGUUGGGAAAAAACUGGAUGUAGUCUCUUGCUGGAUGAAUGGGUUGAUGAGAAGGGAAGAGACUUGGUUAAUUUUUUAGUAGAUUGCCCGGAAGGCAUCAUUUAUAUUCGCUCAUCUGACCUUUCAGCAUUUAUUGGUGAAAUUGAUGCCUUGCGGGUGUUGUUAGAGGAGGUUAUUGAGGAGAUUGGUGUCCAAAAUGUGGUACAAAUCAUCACAUCCUCUACAACAACCCGGAUGUGGCCUGCAAUUAGGCAUAUUGUGGGACGUCAUACAAACGUGUAUUGGGCGUUGGAGUCCUCUCACUACAUUGGUGUUAUUUUAGAGAAGAUAGGAAUGAUGAAUCCCUUUAGAGAAAUACUAAGCAUGGCCAAGACACUAACCAAGUUCAUUUAUGGCGAUGAAAAUCUUCUCAAACUAUUUAGAUUUCACUCUCAUGGACAUGACUUGAUCAAGCCUCACAGGAUUAGGUCAGUAAUGGCUUUCCUGAAUUUGGGAAAUAUUGUAUCCCAAAAGCAGAAUUUGCAUGAAAUGGUCGCCUCCUUAAAGUGGAGAAACUCCACCUGGGCUUCUACAACUCAAGGCAAGAGCAUUGUGAACUUGCUAGACAACCUCUCUUUCUGGAAAGGAGCCAAAGUACUUUUAGCAGCAACUACCCCUAUUCUACGUGCGGUUUGUCCCAUCAAUGGUAAAUCACUUCUAAUGGCUGGCUACUUAUACGAAAGUUUUAGGCGAAUGAAGGAAGAAAUAAAAGUUCAACUUGGAAAUAAGGCUUCGCGUUACAUGCCAUUCUGGACUAUAAUUGAUGAGAUAUGGGAUAUAUAUCUCCACAGACCUUUACACAGUGCAGGAUAUUAUUUAAACCCGGGUAUCUUUUACACCAAAAAUUUCUACAGUGAUUGCGAGGUUGAACAUGGUCUUGAACGUUGUAUCACAAGCAUGGUGGAAGAUCCUAACGAUCAAGCUUUAAUAUCUAAACAGCUGCAGGAAUACGAGCAAGCCGGAGGUGGUUUUAAAGAUGGAAGUGGCAUUGAAGCAAUAAAAGAUAUCUCUCCAGCUGAAUGGUGGGUUCAAUAUGGAGAAGAAUGUCCAGAGUUACAGAAAUUCGCCAUUCGGGUACUGAGCCAAACUUGUGAUGGAGCUUUAAGAUACGGUCUGACGAGGAGCUUGGGAGAGAAACUGCUGACAAGAAGAAGAGAUUCGAAUGAGCAACAACGAUUGAAGGACAUAACUUUUGUUAACUACAAUCUGGAACUUCAAAACUCAAAAUUGAUGGGUGGAUAUACUACUACUGAUAAUAAUGUAGCUGAAGAAGAGAUCAUAGAUUAUUUAAGAUAG